AUAGAUCUGUUUUUAUUUCAUGGCCUUCUCGUUUUCCUUUUGCAAAGUGGUAGCUGAUGGGCAGAGGAAAGUUGUUGUUGCCAGCAGUGGCCAAAGAGCAAAGCCAAACUGUGAAGUAACUCGGUUUGUCUACCAAAGUCCAAAGGCAGGAGAGAGAGUGAGAGAGAGAGAGAAAAAGACACAAUCGUUUGUUUUAGCUUGAUUUUUAUUUUUUCAUCUUGCAAGUUGUGGGUUGUUGUUUUUUUUCCCCCUUCCUCUGCUUUGGAUGUGAAAAGGGGCUCGACGGGAAGAAAUAGGUGCCACUGUGGGCUUUUGGGUCAUGCAGCGAAGCUCAAAUUGGAGUGUUUAGUUUCUCAAAGUGGUGAGAAACUUGGCUGAUGGAGAAAAUAUGAGGGAGAGAAUUAACAGCUUGACAAUUUUCCUGUGGCUGGGGAAAAUAAGCUCGCUACAAAAUUCCCACGUCUUGCAAUAGGUCCCCAGGACAGGAAAGUGUGAAAAUGCCACAGCCCGUGCCACAGGCAUCCCAGAAGGGGAAAAUGACAGUGAUGCUUGCUCUGGUGACCCUCAUUGCGGCCUUCGGAUCGUCUUUCCAGUAUGGAUAUAAUGUCUCCGUGAUCAAUUCUCCAGCUCCGUUCAUGCAACAAUUUUACAAUGAAACAUACCAGGGACGAUACAAUAAAUAUAUGGACGAGAGCUUGAUGACUGCCCUCUGGUCUCUGAGUGUGUCCUUCUUCCCACUUGGGGGGUUCUUUGGAUCACUGAUGGUGGGGCCCAUGGUGAACAACUGUGGCAGAAAGGGCACCCUCCUCAUCAACAACAUCUUCUCCAUCAUCCCCGCCAUCCUCAUGGGGACCUCCAAGGUAGCCAAGACCUUUGAAGUGAUCAUCAUUUGCCGCAUCAUUAUUGGCAUCUGCGCAGGCCUUUCUUCCAACGUUGUCCCCAUGUACCUCGGAGAGAUGUCCCCCAAAAACCUUCGCGGAGCCAUCGGGGUGAUGCCGCAGCUGUUCAUCACGGUGGGAAUCCUGGCGGCUCAGAUUCUCGGGAUGAGAAUGAUCCUCGGAAGCGCCGAAGGGUGGCCGAUCCUCAUGGGUCUGACGGGAGUCCCCGCUGCGUUACAGCUUAUCUUCCUGCCCUUUUUCCCCGAGAGCCCCAGGUAUCUGCUGAUCCAGAAAGGCAAUGAAGAGGGCGCAAGAACAGCUUUGAGGAAGCUGCGAGGCUCGGAUGACGUGGAAGAUGAGAUGGACGAGAUGCGGCAGGAAGACCUAGCGGAGAAAGCUGAGGGCCGGAUGUCCGUGUUGACCCUCUUCACUUAUCCAGGCCUUCGCUGGCAGCUCAUCUCCAUCAUCGUCAUGAUGAUGGGGCAGCAGCUCUCUGGGGUCAACGCGGUGUAUUAUUAUGCUGACCGGAUCUACUCGAAUGCAGGAAUAGAGGAAAGCAACGUUCAAUUCGUCACAGUGGGAACUGGAGCCGUCAACGUAUUGAUGACGAUCGUUGCGGUAUUUGUCGUUGAGGCGCUGGGACGAAGGAUUUUGCUUCUGGCUGGUUUUGGGAUCUGCUGCGUCGCCUGUGCUGUGUUAACCAUUGCGCUGAAUCUCAAGGCAAUCUGGUGGAUGCCCUACGUCAGCAUUGCCUGUGUGAUCAUUUACGUCAUGGGACACGCCAUUGGUGCAAGCCCAAUUCCAAGCGUUAUGAUAAUGGAAAUGUUUCUUCAAUCUUCUCGGCCGGCUGCCUUCAUGGUGGGAGGUUCGGUGCACUGGCUAUCGAAUUUCACCGUGGGACUAGUUUUCAGCUACUUGGAGCAAGGCCUCGGUCCCUACUGUUUCCUCAUUUUUGGCGCCAUCUGCUUGGCCACCGCCGUCUACGUCUUUCUCAUUGUCCCGGAAACCAAGAACAAAACCUUCAUGGAGAUCAACCAGAUCAUGGCGAAGAGGAACGGUACCGAAGAUCAGGCCGAGAAGGACGAACUGAAGGAUUUCACCGCCGUUUCCGUGCCGUACGGCAAGAAAAUGGAUGGGGAAAGAACCAGCGCGUUGUAAAGUCUCGGCAACCGCCGAAUUUCCCCCCCCCGUGUAAAUAAACCCACCGAACUCUGCCUUAAAACAUCUCCGGUUUGCAAUGUGCCUCUCCUCGCUGUUGGACGAUAGGGCACCCUCAAAAACUUAAAAAUUAUAUUUCAAGGAGAAACGGGGGUGACCAAGCGUUGCCAUUUCCCCCCCCCCCCCAGCCGUUGCCUUCCAAGGUGGGACCGGAGUUAGCGAGAUUUCGGUGGAAUUACAAGAUCCUGUUUUGGAAGCAAUUCACAGCGAAUAUUGGCGCAUGCUGGGGAAAAAAUGCGUUUUCCAUCCGGUGGACUCUGGGAAAAAAAUUAUCAGUAUUUUUUUUUUGUUCUUGAAUAGGGAUGGAUUUCAGCUCUCUUAGGUGGGAGCAUGUAAAUAAUUUUUGUUUAGUAAUAAUGCUGGAGCUUCUGUUCUUAGAUAACAGAACUGGGGAAAGAGACACCCCCCUCCCCAAACCAUUGCUUAAAUUUGAGAGGUGCAUUUUGUAACACAGAGACCCCCAAAUUCUCCCCCAGGGCCUUUGGAGAUGUGCUAGAUUAAGUGCCUUUGUUAGAUUAAAUGCCUUAGAUUAAAUGCAAAUGAAUGCUUUGCGGAUGUGUUAAGAUUAAAUGGCUUUUGUCCCCAAUCAAGCCAAUCUCUGGCUGUCUUAUUAUAACACAACUGCAUUUUUGCAAAGUUUUAUGCUAUAUUGCCAAGCGGUCCUUUCUGUUUUUCAAGAGAAACACUUCUAAAUUAAACAAAACCAUCUCAUCUUUCUUUCUUUCUUUUUUUUCCCCUGGAUCCCAGGAUGUUUAACAAAAGUUUUUUGAGAUAGGAAAACAUUCCCCAAAUGUAGAAACCUAGCUUCUCAAGGUUUCCUCUUAGCCAGGAUCCCUGACAUGCUAGAUAUCACUGCAUUUUUGGGGGGGCAGUUCUACAGAUCCCUGCAUUCAAGGUAAGCUUGCAGGGAUUUUUGGCAGCAUGGGAGCCCACUUUAAAAAUAAUUUUCCACCCUUGGGGAUAUUUCUACACUGAAUUUAACUUGGGGCUCCUAACAAUCUGUUAGUUUUCUAUUUCUUUGGUCGUUUUUGUUUUCCAAAACAAGAUUGAUGGGUUGUUUCUCUUGCAACCAGAAUCAUCUUUUUCAUAACAAACCUGAUUUAAAAAAAAAAAAAAAAAACAUCCACAAAUUUGAGAAGAGAAAUGUUGUACAUAUCUUGGAAUGUUUUUUGUGUAGGUUGUAUGUGUGUGUGUUUUUUUUAAGGUUUUAUUUUCUCUGGAUUUUUUCGCUCCCCCCAAAGUGUGGGGAAAUUAUACUUUUGCACAAACAGGUGUAUUUUAUUUUAUUAUUUUGAGUGCUGCAAAAUAAAAUAGCUGUUGGAGAAAA